CCCCAUCUCUGCCCUCUGCCCCUGUCUUCCCGCCAUGUCUGCUCUGCCUACUUCCCCAUCCCUCACUUUUUCACUGUACUCCUUUGACUUCCCCUUCUCAGCCUUGUCUUUCCCUUUUUCUCUGUACUGUCUGUCCCUCCUCUCUCUCCCUCACUGAUCAGUGACCAGGGCUCCCUCCUCUUCUUCUUUGCCCCCACUUCACCUCACUGUCUUCUGUGUCCUUAGCUCAGUGGUGAUGCUGGAGAUCGACAACCGCCUGUGCCUCCAGACCCCAGAGAGUAAUCACUGUUUCCCGGAUGCCCAGAGUGCCGCUGACUACCUGGGGGCCCUGUCUGCUGUGGAGCGGCUAGACUUUCCCUACCCUCUCCGGGCUGUACGGGGUGAGCCCCUGGAAACCCCUGAGCCCAGCUUGCGGCUGCUCCCGCUGCUUGUGGUGGGAGCCGUCAUUCUCGUCACCUUGGGUCUGGGUGUCCUGGUGGCCCGGAGGAAACGUGAGCAUAGCACUCUGUGGUUUCCUGAGGGCUUCUCACUCAACAAGGAUUCAGCUGGGGCCAACAAGGGCCGGCGGGAACCUGUGGGCCAGGAUGCCCUGGGCAUGAAGAACAUGACCAAGGGAGAGAGCCUGAUGGGAGAGCCAUCAGAAGACUGGAUGGACACAGAAUCCCCUGAGGCUAAGAGACUGAAGGUGGAGGAGCCUGGAACUGGAGCUGAGGACCCUGUGGACUGCCGCCAGUGGACCCAGCAUCACCUCGUUGCAGCUGACAUCCGCGUGCCCCCAGCCAUGGCACUGACUCCGCCACAGGGGGACCUUGAUGCCGACGGCAUGGACGUCAACGUGCGAGGUCCAGAUGGAUUCACCCCUCUGAUGCUGGCCUCAUUCUGUGGGGGGGCACUGGAGCCGGUGCUGGUGGAUGCCGAGGAGGCUGAAGACACUCCUGCUAACAUCAUCUCAGAUCUGAUCUGCCAGGGGGCUCAACUUGGGGCUCAGACAGAUAGGACUGGGGAGACUGCCCUGCACCUGGCUGCUCGCUAUGCCCGUGCUGAUGCUGCUAAGCGCCUGCUGGAUGCUGGUGCCGACACCAAUGCCCAGGACCACACGGGCCGCACCCCCCUGCACACCGCAGUUACUGCUGAUGCCCAGGGUGUCUUUCAGAUCCUAAUCCGAAACCGUUCCACGGACCUGGAUGCUCGUAUGGUGGAUGGCUCUACGGCAUUGAUCCUGGCUGCCCGGCUGGCCGUCGAGGGGAUGGUAGAGGAGCUCAUUGCCUGCCAUGCUGAUGUCAAUGCUGUGGAUGAACUAG